UGCGAGUUACAAGCUGAGGGAGGAAGGUUGUGCGUCUCUUAUAUAACACACUAAGCUCUUAUCCCACCCUUUACACCUUCAUAGCCUUGUUUACGCUGAUAUAGAAGGACUUAGAGGAGUACGAAGAGGACCUACCUUCGCCUCGGGAGUAGUGGAGGAGGAAGGAGAGGCCGUUUGAGAGGACGAGGCCGAGGCCGGAAACAAUGCUGCCAUGAAGGGGUUCGGACGCACCUUUGAACUCAACUGCCUGUUCCUCCUGGUGGUGGCGCUGCUGGUGGCCCUACAGCUCGUCCUGCAGCGUAGCCAUCACCAGGAGAUACUAGUGCAACUGAAGGAGAGAGGGGAGGAGGGGGAGGGGGAGAUGGAGAUGGAGGAGGGGCGCCAGCAACGGGACGUCCACCCCCUCGCCGCCCCCCUCCACGCCCCCAACCAAGACAUCUCCCCACCCAAUGAUGCAAAGGCGUUACUGAAAGGUGGUGACGGUGGUGGGGGUGGUGGAAGUGGUGGUAAGAAUGGUGAUGGGGUCCUGGCAGCCCCUUUAGUCCCCAACAUCCGCCGGUCCUUCCCCAAGCGAAAGGCGCCGUACGUGAGGAAGGGGAAGAAGAACAAGAAGAAGAAGAAGAACCGGAAGGGGAAGCAGCAGAAGGAGAUGAGAGGAGCAGGAGGCGAGGGGGGUGAAGGGGGGAAGGGCAAUGUUCGAGGAGGUAGAGGAGAUAAUGUAGCAAACGGUAAAGGGCAGCAAAAGGAUAACAAUAAUAAUAAACAGAGAAGAGGAAAGAUAGGUGAUAAAAGUUGAGCGAUAACAUCUAACAUUAAAGUUUAUUUUUUCUAAGAUUAUCAGUUUAUUAAUGAAUCUUGUUUGUAAAUAAUCUCAUGUGCAUUAUUUUGUCUGUCACGUGGAUUAUCCGUUGAUGUGAAUUUGUCUAUUUAUUAUACGCUUGUAACAGGUUGGUAGCUAUGAUGUGAUUAGAAUUUGUACUUUUUUUGUCCGAGUUGUUUUUGUAUGAAGCAUUUAAUAUUUAUAUAAAACCCUUGCAAAAGUUAA